UCAACUCCAUCUGUACACAUUCCCUUUCUCAUUACCACACUCUCACACUCACCCUCACCCUUACUCUUAUUUACACGAGAACUGUCUAUUAUUGCUUAGUCACUCGUCUGUCCAGUAGUCAAGGAGAGUUUCUUUCUUUUUUGAGAUCCUGGUAACAAUGGAACCCAAGCGUGUCAUUGUCACCUAUUGCGAUGAGAGCGGUAAUUGGGCUGGUAUCGAAAAGGACCUUGCAGCAAGGCUGCCGUUGCGCAACUUGGUUUGGAAGCCAAGUAACAAUAGGACCAAACGGAAUAUCGCCAUGCUGGACGUGGAAUUCAAACGUUUCACACCUGAAUCCUCUAAGAACCUACCGCCAGUGACUCUGCUGCAGAACCCAUACCUCAAUCUAUAUUUUGUCAAUUGCGAGGAUAAUGAAACAUACAGGACCACAGUUAAGCAGCAGAUUCGGGAUUGGAUCAAUCUUAUCACAUCAAAGAAAAAUCAGGAAUGGCUCAUUGUGCACAUUAGCAGUCAGGAGAGCGCAAGGGCUGCAAAGUUCUUGAGGGCCUCUGUCCUAGAUAGAAUUAAAGCCGACUUCAACACUGGCAAACGAGACAGGGUUGCACAAGUCAGGAUGGCAGAUACAGAGAUGUCUGAAAUGGAAUUAUGGGCAGAAUUUACAGAAAAGAUGAAAGAAGGAAUACUGACAAGCUUUGAUCAACAUGUUCUGACCUUUGAAGAAGAUAUUCGUCGCUUGGACUCACAGCGACAAAUGCCCGGAUGGAAUUAUUGUACAUUUUUUAUUUUGAAAGAAGGCCUCACCAAUGCGUACGAGAUGAUGAACUUGCAUGAGGAAGCUCUACGACAGUAUGAUGAACUGGAAGCUUCAUUUUUCCAAAUCCUUCGAGAUAAUGCGCUUACUUGGUAUGGGAAGUUUGGCGGGAUGCAGGAAGGAGACAAUGACGCUAAUUUACUGGACCUCAACAGGAAGCCCUAUAGGGAUUUAAUAAUGCAGAACACUAUCUCAGUAUUUGAUUUCAGGACAUAUCUGUUUGGGCGACAAUGUAACUUGCUAUUCCGACUGAGGCGGCCAGUAGAGAUUUGCCAUAGAGCAUUAAUCUUUAUCCCAUCAUUUGCCCGUACUGUUCGAGAGCAUGUGCUAAACCUCACAGAGAAUUUUCUGGAAUCAUGGAUUUACACAGCAUGUAUGUCUAUAGUAAACGAAUGUGACGAGACUAUCCCAUUAUCCACAGAUGAUCCUCACACGAUGGUCUCGCUGGACGGCGCGAAGGCUGAGCUUCUGCAACUGGCGCGUCAACAGCUGGACAAGCUUGGCAUUCAACAUGGACGACUCCCGAAGGAGUUACCUUUCACAAUGUCUUUGGGCUACGAUAAUACUGACUCACCAACGCCAGAGGAAGUGGAAAAGAGACCAAUGCCUAAUGAGCUUCAGGAAGCCGUUUCAUCUGAUGAGACAUUUGACGCCGUAUACAUGAGCGUUUCUGCAAGAGCAAUUAGGGGUUAUGAUGGGAGUGGACGCCGCCGUUCAUCAUUACUUUUACAUGGUGAUGUGGCUGCUCUUCAAUACUAUAGGAAAAAAUAUGCGGAAGCUGCACGGAUUUUGGAAUCCAUUACAUGGCGAUAUGGACAUAAUCACUGGACAGUACUUGAGAAUGAAUUGGUGAUCAAGCAUGCCAAGUGUCUGAAAGAGUUGGGCGAGACAGUCAAAUAUGCUGAGGCAUGUCUAACACUGUUGAGAAACAUGGAUGACCUCAAGGACGAAGACAAAUUGUAUUAUUCGAACGAAUUGUUCAGCACAGUGACAUCCAAGGAACUGAAGCAGGAAAUACACCAUGAAUUUGCGCCAAUGUUCACAGUUAAGGUUGUAUCUGUAGUAGACAUUCUUCAAGAUGACGAUGGCUCAUAUGUUGAUGUCAUGAUUGAGAAUAAGUUACCCAAAGACAUUGAAUUCAACAAAUUAUCAGUAAGGAUGGUGAGCGGUGAAGUCGAUGAGCUGUGGUUUACUCUCCGCCAUGGGAUCAUGCAUCCUGGGAAAAACACAUUCCGCGUAACAUGCGAGACAUCAGCAUCUGGGACCUAUGUUCUAGAGAAAGUACAUCUGAAAACCGGGAAGUUGGUGUUCUGGUAUGACUUUUUGCAGGAGAGCAGAAAACGCAAUUUCCGAGUUGACUCGCAUCCAAAGGCAUUGAGGGCUACUAUUACACGACCUCAGGAAAUGGAGCUGGGCCAGACAAGCACAUUUGUGGUUCAUGUGUCAAGCGGGCGUAAUCAAGUUGCAGAGGCUAGCCUUAGUUUGUUCUCUGUUUCUGAUGGUAUCUCGCUACUCAAGGCUCCUGUACUGAAGUAUACUAAGGUGACGGCUGUUGAAAAUGGAGAUUCCUCAAAGGGUGAAAUCACUUUUGAAAGCUACGAAGUCAUUCCGUUGCCCGUAUUUGGCCCCAACGAGACCCUGGCCAUUACUGUUCCAUAUGAGACGCACCAGACAGCGACAGAGCAUCCGAUAAAAAUGGCAAUCCAUUACCUCACACCUAACUCAAAACGGCAUUCUUUCAGACUUACAACCAGUAUUGACACAGUGCUUCCAUUGCAAGUCUCUCAUUCAAUCAUCUGGAGGGACGAUUGCCUCAAUUUGAAACUUGACUUGACAUGUACAAGCUUUGUCCCAAUUCGCAUAUUAAACGUUGACCUUCACCAUCCUUCUCGGAUUAAAGAAAUCAAGCAGGCGCCAUUUGCAGGGGAAAUGACCUUGUUCCCUAGACAACAUGCUACCUUCGUCUUCAAGAUAUCUCGCUCAAUAGAUGCAAAAGAUGCAGAUUUGCCGGCUCAGUUCAUUGUUACUUAUCACAGCUUACGAGAUGAAGUGGAAAAGGCUCUAACUUCAAUUGUCGAGACAGACUUGGCUAAAAUGCAACUUGAGCAACACGCGCUUUUCCUUACAUCACAUCUUAAGAGACACUUACUCAAAGGAAUUGAUUAUAUGGCAUAUGGUAUAUCGGACCAGCUGGAAUUGCCACCAUUAGAUGUUGGUAGCUGUGAGACUAUCUUGGCAUAUCAUGAUCCUAAGAUCCGAGAAACCCUGAUUAGCAUCUUAAAAGACCUCUUCUCAGAUAAUAAGCGAUUUGAUUAUGAUCAAAUCAUGACAUUGACUUCGUCCAACCGACCACUACAGAUUUCAUUCCCUGUACCGCUUCCUACUUCACAAUUGCUGACAACAGUGGAGACAGUGGUAGAUGAUUCACAGGAGUUGACUGUAGGUUCACCAGCAACAUUCAAGCUGGUAAUCAAGAACUCUGCGUACUGGAAUCCAAACAAAGACAAGGAUCAGGUCAAUGAUUUCUAUUAUGAAAUCUUGGUAGACUAUGAGAACUGGUUGUUAUGUGGCCAUAGGAAACGACUGUUCAGUGCAAAGCCUGGGAUGACUACGACGCACGCAGUGUCACUGGUGCCAUUGAAGACAGGUCCGUUGCAUGUACCCAAAAUCCAGGUGACGAGUGCGACGAGCAGUGUGUAUAACCAGAUGGCGUAUGUAAAUGAGGCGGAGCAAGUGCUGAUUAAACCAAGGACUACGACGUCCACCUUCUUUAUUGAUCAACAACGGGGCGUACAUAUUUCAGGCAACAUGGUAGACCGGUGAAGUAAGGGAUUGCUCAUUAUCUCAUUAUCUGAAAAGAAGGAAUAAAACGUGAACCAUCCAAUGUAACACUGUUGCCACCAUAUCAAAUCAUAUCACGAG